AUGAGCGCGGAGGAGUUUAUUUAUAGCGCCAUCGGCAGUGAUAACGUGAACCACUUCGAUUUGAACGUCAUCGCCAACACGCUCGCCAGUACGGAUCGGUUGGUGCGGGCCAACAAGCAGCAGCGCGAAGAGAAUGACAGGCUGAAGGCGAAGAUCGCGUCCCUGCGCGACUCUGCACUGCAGAUUAAGAACCUGUACGAGACGGAGGUGGCCAAGUGUACGCGUAGCGAGGCGCAGCUUGAAAGUUAUGUAAGCCAGUGCCGGCAGCUGGAGCAGCGGAUCCUAGCGGCAGCCAGCGAUAAGCUGGCGUGCGAGCAUACGUUAGAGACGCGCACGGCGGAAUUCGAGCAACGGAUCGAGACACUCUCCCGACGGUAUCAUUCGUUCGCGUGCGAUCUAGUCCGCCAAUGCUACGUGACGCCAGCCGAACAGCUGACGCCCGGCGUUGACCCGCUCCAUAAACGACGCGAUCUUGUCUCACACUUUGCGACCGUGGACAAGUGGGGUCUCUCCGUGCCCGAGGAUGUGCAGGAAUCCGUGCAACGUGGCCUUCUGCGAUCCAAGCGAAAGAAACAGCGAGAUUCAAGAGACAUGCGUGACCAGGAAUGCCAAACAACUGCCGUCGAGCGAUGUCGGAUGCGAGACAAUCACACCAACACCGAACCGUAUCCGGUCCGACCAACGGUGCGCCACUGUUCGACGGAUGUGCCCGAUCUUCCGGGACCCACGAAAGCUGUUUGUGACAAAAGCACCAUGCACAGCAUGUCGACGAUCACCCGAUCGACAUGCACUUCCGCGUUCAUAAAGCACGUCGACGUUGGCGUGAACUUUCCCGAGGUCACCCACAAAUCGGUGGACGAAAUUUUGCGCGAGUGUGUCCCGCUGCCACCCCUAUUACUGUCGCCGAUAAAAGAAAUCGUUCCGUUGCGGGUGUCGAUCGAAACACAAACUGAUUCCUCUGCUCAAGCCCAAGCUACAACGUGCCGACCGCCCGCCGUAUCCUGCGGCACGAUGACGGGAUUGAAAAAUAUUCGCAAACGGAUUGACUACCGGGAACUACCGGUAGGGGAGCCGUCGGAUAGCCCGUUUGUAUCGAUUAAAAAGGAGGAACUUCCAUCCACUUUCUACCAAGGGGAUUCGGGUAGAAAGGAGCGGAUCAAUCCGCACCUAUCCGCACUCUGGUCACUGCUGGGCGAAACGAUAUUCACCAUCAUAGAGAGUGGCCGACGGUUCGAUGGUCAGUGUUUUAACGUGCUAAACGAUCACAUGGCCUCGAUACGCGGCAUGCUCGAGGCGGACGGGCAUCGCGCGUCGCUGCUGAUGAGUGCCAUGUUCUCGAACGUGCGCGAAACCGUAGUAGCGGCCACCGGCUUGACGAAGGACAGGACGUUCGCUCCGAACAGUGCCUCGUCGUCGACAGGAGGCUGUGGUGAUGCAGUGCCACAAACCAACGAUGACGGUAGCAGUGACAGUGGCAAUGCUUGGGAGUUUCGCACCGCUGACGACAGCAUUAGUGCCGUAGGAGGAAAGGAAAGUACGAUUGAUUUGUCCCAAGCGGCGUUCAACCCGCCUGGCUCGAGACCUACCAAAGACACGAACCAUAGCGCCAGCACCGCUCCCAGUAUCGCAGCAACAGUACGCCAAGCAGAGGCACGGAUUUCCAACGCCACACAAUCGCAGGACGAACCAGUAAGAGAUGUGGCUCAAAGCUCCAGUGUCAUUGAAAGGAGGAACUGCGAUAAUACGCUGGACGAUCUGGGACAAUUAGUCACGGCAGCUAGUGCACCCAUAGAGGAAGAUGAAAUGGAUGACAGGAUAGCGCAAGAACUACGAAUGAUGGAAGAAGGAGAGUGCACCAGCCACCAUAACCAAGUACCCUCGGAGCCGUUGGUGGUUUCAAUCGAAAGGAGGCCACUUUCCGGGAUGAUGCAGCUACCGGUUGGUUGCACAUACCCAUCGGAAGAACCAUCCGAACAUCCGAACCCAUUGGAGACAGUGGACAAAGUUGGAGAGUUACCCAGCCGAUCGGCAACACCGCCACCAGCAUCCAUGACGACUCCAGAGCACCCGUCUUCAACGGCUACGUUCCUUUCACCGAUCAAAGUAAAAGAAACGAACGAGCUCGUGAAGGAUCAGUUUAAAACACCAACACAGCUGCCGAUCGGCAAGCGCCGGAAGCUGCGGUUACGACGAUCGGAUGAACCGCUUCUCUCUCACCGGUGGAAACGAUCGCGCAUGGAAGAACCAACCAUCGGCUCGGGACGAGUUUCACCGUCGACCGAGUUCCUGCUGGAAGACGAUUGGGAUCGUAAGUUCUCGUCGAUGCGAGCUGAAAUGAAUCCGAUCGAUGCGGAUUUCUUUUCACCACUUUCGCCCAUCGGUGACGCCUCAGUAGAAAGCCAAGAUGGUGACGAGGACAGACGGCCAAUGGAGGACGAAGAGGAAGUCGGAUGUAAACCGGAAAAUGCCGUCAGAGAUUGUACUGAGGAGCGUGCCAAAGAAUGCACUGAUCUCGUGCGAAGUAUCUUGGAGAACGGAAGACCACCUGAACCCAGAGAACCGGUGAACGUGUCGAGUCCACAGAACGGAGCCCCGGAAGAUAGCCGUAUUGCUGCUACACUCGCAAAACAACGGGUACUUAACGAGGAGCGGCGGUGUGUGGCGAGCGAACCACUUGCAAUUGAUCACACUCUGCAACAAGAAAUAUCACCGGCAACGGCGAAUGAAGUUGCGCCAAUGUCUGUGCACCGAAGGACACCUUCACCGGUGCCAGGUAGAACGGAAGAGGUGCCGAUUGUUGUAGAGUUAAAUUUAACGUGCGACAAAACGUGCGAAUUGCAAAUCGACGUACCGUCGGUAGCUUUGUCGGAUUCCCCGGAAAGUCCUGCCUUGGACUCGCCACUAUCACCGCCGGCACACGAAACAGGAUCGGCGGUCACGUGUCAGCCGUUAACGGUCAAUUCAAUGGAUUCUCCUCUUUCACCGCCGAUCGUUGUCGGUGGCAGUACUCCUUUGCCCCGGCCAAUACCUCUGCAGCACGAAGCCAGCAAACUGUUCCUCAUGCAAUCGAUACACGACUGGACACGGAAAGGUCCUCUCCUUCGCGCCAUCAAUGAGUUUAAAAAAGAGCUUCGCUGCGAGGUGAUCCGUCGGAUCGGGGGACAGUUGGUCGAGCAGGAACAGAGUGCAAUGCAAGCCAUGACCGAAAUUGUGCACCGUUACCUGCGCUCCGAGUGGACGGAAGAAACUGUCGGUGAAACGACCGCACAGAUGUUGGCGUGCUGUCGCGAUCCACGCACAAUUUCGCUAACCGUGCUCGAGGUCGUCGCAGCCUACGGAAACAUCAAUCCGAACACCCUCUUCGCUUCACCGGCUCCGUGCGUACCGAUAACACAGCAAAUGUUGGUCCUCCUGGUUCGACGGCUUGGCCAGGUGGUUGAUUCCCUCGAUGGCGUGAUCAUGCAAGAGCUGGAUCGACGGAUAUUCACGCUCAAAACGGAGCCCGUGUUGCUGCAAACGCUCGUUGCGAUCACCUACCUGUACGUGGCGUUGGAGGACAGUAAACCCAUACCGCGGGGCAUUUCGUACCACCAGUUCAAGUACCAGCGGUGCAAUACCGCCCGGUUGUACAUCUUCAAGUGCCUGUACUAUUUCGGCUUCAAGUGUGUCCCGCUAGUGUACCUGGUGCUGCGAGCAUUUCCUCACGCUCUGCCGAAGCUCGGUAGUCCCAUGUACGAUCCGGGCGACGCCAUGGUCAACACCAUUCGCACGGUGCUGAUGAACUUCAACUACCUAGAGGGGUCCAACACGCCGGACACGUCGGCCUACCGGAAGCGAGAAAUGCACCACAUGCUAAAAACAACCUACGGUUACCAGCCCGGCAAUCCGACGUACGAGGAGCUGCUGGUGAACCUGGUCGAAAAGCUGCAAGCCAACAAACUGCGGAACGUGUCGUACUCGCUGAUACUGAUCGCCAAACGGAAAGGGUACGAGUGGGCCCGGAAACACAUCAUCCAGCAACGGCUUCUACCGCUGCUAAACGACUACUUGCGGCAGUUUAAGACGAGCAGAACAACCGAUGGAUGCGACACGUCGGCACUCAGCAACGGGGCGGCAGCUACGGCCGAUCGGAUCGUGACAUGCAUCUUUACAAUAUCGUCAAUCCUAAAAACACAACCAUCGCACGAGGACGUUACGGGCAUGAUGCAGAUCUUCACCACCGUUGUGCAGCUUUCGAAUCAUCACCAAACAGUCCAGGAAGCGGCCAUUGCCGGGGUGUUACGGUUGUCCCGUUUCGGUUACAUCGAUAUCUGGGAGCGGUUGAGCACGUGGCAGCCGGACUAUCCGGUUAGCGAUCGGAUCAAACUGAUGAUGGCCACCCUCGUGCACCGCAAGGACCAGCGUUUCUGGACGCAACUUCUCCAGAACCGUAUCGUAUGAGGCCAUCAUCGGUCCCGUGGCUGGCGUGUGCGAUAAACACUACCUCUGUAUCACCAAUUGUAAUUUCUGUUCCAAUUUGAACUCUGUACUUGAAUUAGCUCCCUGCCCUCCCUGCUCAGGGGACCCAAUCCUUUUCGAAGGGUUUUUUACUUUCCACCUCUUCCAUUAUUUAACAAAAUUCCUCUUCCGGGUUAUUUCCGUUUCGUGUUCCGAAACGACUUCUGUGAUUAUCUGAAGCAACAAAAUAAACAACCGGCUUUGAGCGCCGUGUCCGU